AUGUACUUUUCUGCGGCCAGGACCAGGCAAUACGUUGACGAGAUUCUUCAGCUACUUUCUAAAUCACCAGAAAUACUUGAAGAGGUUGACGUAUUUAUUGUGUCAGACCACAUUACUUUAACAUCUGUCAUCGGCCAGCUGGAGCGCACGAAGAUUCUCACAGGUGCUCAGGACGCAUUCUACGAGGAUUCAGGGGCAUACACAGGAGAAGUGUCUCCACAGGUCCUGGCCGAGGUUGGAUGCCGGAUUGUGGAGUUGGGUCAUGCUGAGCGCCGGAGGAUAUUCAAGGAAACCGACGAAGAUACCGCUCGCAAGGCCGCCGCUGCUGCGAGGAAUGGCAUAAUACCGCUGGUCUGCAUUGGCGAACGCACGCAAGGCGAGGUGAUGCUUGCAGUGGAGGAGUGCCGCUCGCAGAUCGAGGCCGUUAUGGCUGCUGUGCCGGACGAUGCCGAGGUCAUCCUUGCCUAUGAGCCUGUCUGGGCGAUUGGGGCGAAGGAACCAGCGGGCGCAGAGUACGUGGUCAAUGUCGUCAGAGAUAUGCGCUCGUUGGAAUGUGUGCAGAGGAGGAGUGGGAUGACAAGAAUACUGUAUGGCGGAAGCGCAGGCCCUGGCCUGUUCGAGAAACUGAAAGGUGGCUUGGAUGGACUCUUCCUUGGCCGGUUUGCGCACGAUCCUGCGCAGUUCUACAAAACUAUUCAGGAAAUCGCGUCCGCAUAG